AUGCUGAUUUACAUCCAAUUAGUCAUAAUCACCCUAAUUGCAGUACUGAUCUAUUCUGAUGAUCUGUUACUGUACAGCAUAUUUAGCAUAUUCUAUUACACCAUAGAGUACGUUACACCUAUCAAAAUAGCAGUCAUAUUGUCACUGAUUUCUACUACCAUAAUUCUGUACAUCAAUAAUCAUAUUAAUAGUGUGAUCAAGUAUGUUCAUUCAAUACUAUCCAGUAUAAUACUAUCACACGUAUUACUGUUCAUGAUGAGUGAAUCAGAUGGAAUAUUAACUAUGGAAGUAUCAAUAGUGAUAUUCUGUUUCAUUGUGUUAUUCCAGAAGUAUGGAAUAGCCUACGUCGCAUACAACACAUUAGUCCUAUGGGAACUAUGGAUUAUAUUGGGAAAGCCAUUCUUUGAUGAAUACGAAAAAAGUGAGUUGACACCAGUGGUAUCAUUUAUGAAUGAUGUAGUUGAUAUUGAUAAGAUGGUGAUGGGAAUAAUAGUAUUCAGUAGUAUAACUAGAGAAGUGAAGAAGAAUAGCAAGGUAUCAAUUAAUAUUGAUGAAAUAAGCAGUGGAAUUGAUACGAGUGAUUUAUCGGUGUAA